ACCUUCUGUUGCUAAUUUGCAUAAUUCAGUGUUUUUCCCGGUACAUAUUGAAAUUUUAAACGAUGAUGUAUUUUACGAAAAAUUCGAUCAAAAUGAUGCUUAUAAAAAAUAAAUAUAAAUGAAAAAAAAGUUUACGAUACGAAUAAGGAUGUAAUGGAUUUGAUUAGACCUGUUAUCAAAAUUAAGAUACAUAAAGCAUUAUUGUCGCAUAAAACAUAACCAAUAACAACCAGCUUACCGAUUAUAUAUUAAUAAUAUAAAACAGUGAAAAAAAGACAUGAAUAAAAAAAUUAUCACGGCAUUCUAUUUGAUACUGAAUAUAUUCUUUUCCAUUGUAAUUGUAUUACUGAAUAAAUGGCUCUACAUUCAUACUGGUUUUCCAAACAUUACGUUAUCUAUGAUACACUUUGUUAUUACUUUUAUCGGAUUAACAAUUUGUGAAAAAUUUGAUGUAUUUUGUAUAAAAGAUAUUGCGAUUAAAGAAAUGUUUUUAAUUGCAAUGACAUUUUGUGGAUUUGUUAUGUUGACAAAUUUAAGUUUAGCUCACAAUACUGUUGGAACUUAUCAAUUAGCUAAAAUGUUAACUACACCUUGCGUGAUAAUAAUGCAAAUAAUAUUUUAUAAUAAAAAAUUUAGUAUACUUGUUAAAUUGACAUUAAUUCCUAUUAUAUUAGGAGUAGUAAUUAAUUUUUGCUAUGAUAUACAAUUUAAUAUUAUCGGAACAGUAUAUGCAACCAUGGGAGUAUUUGUAACAUCCUUAUACCAAGUGAUGGUAAACAUAAAGCAAAGAGAGUUUCAAAUGGAUCCAAUGCAACUGUUAUAUUAUCAAGCACCUCUAUCUGCUGUUAUGUUAUUCUUUAUUGUGCCAUUUUUAGAGCCUGUAGAACGAACAUUUACAAGAAGUUGGUCACUUGUAGAUAUAGUCAUGGUUGUACUAUCAGCUAUAAUAGCAUUUUUUGUUAACUUAACUUCCUAUUGGAUAAUUGGAAAAACAUCUCCAUUAACCUACAACAUGGUAGGACAUUCCAAAUUUUGCCUAUUACUUUUAGGUGGCUCGUUAAUUUUCCAUGAAACACUGGCCAUAAAUCAAGUAAUUGGUAUAACUUUAACCUUGGUUGGCAUUAUUUUGUAUGCCCAUGUUAAGAUGAAGGAUACUCAGGUUGUAGUACCAGAUUGUGAGGACAAAGAAAGAAAACUAUUGUAUAAAAUAUGAUUUUGUAUAACUAUUCAUAUACGAUUUAAUAGAGAUUAAAUUGCCUGAUUACAUAGUUUUCA